UGGUUAUACAAUUCUGUACUUCUCAGAUUAUAUGGAAGGGAAUUAACAGAAAUGAGUUACUAUCAGGAGCAAAAGGAAGUUCAGGAAUGGUUUUUAAAGCUUUAUGAAAAAGGUGACACUUCAAGUGAAUACUUGGAAAGAAUUGACAAGUCUUUGUUUGGAAAAUUCUUUGUUACAACAAGGGAAACUUUGGUAUAUGAAGUGCUCAAAUUUUCUCCAAGGUCAAGACGGAAAAGUAUAGAACAUGUCAAAAUUUACAAGAGUGACCCACAUCUCAGUGAAGCAUUGAUUUAUGCUCUUGGGUGCUAUUACAAAAGGAACAAUCCAGGAAAAUGGAAAGCAAUCUUCAAAGAAGACCAGAACCUAUCCUCCUUAUUUUUCAAUAUCCAAUGCAAGAUUUUCUCCAACAACCAAUAUGCUGCCAUGGAAAGAUGA